GUAGAAAUUCCACAAAUCUCCAAGAUUAGGGUUUCUGGCUAGCGAGACACUCCUUUCUCUGUUUCUAGCUUCCGGCGACGAAAAAUUCUGCAAUCUCUUGUGCUCUUGAGACUGUUCAUGUUCGAGUUGGAUUAAUAAGCUUUGCGGUCUUCCGAUUUGAGAUUGUAGUUUAAGAUGGAUGAGAGAGAUCAGUUCCAUCGGAACGAGGCGAUCUCUGCCGUCGCCGACGAGGGUUUUAUGGGUGAGGAAGAAGACGACGACUUUGAUGAUCUUUACAACGACGUUAAUGUCGGAGGAGGGUUUCUUCAGUCUGUGAGAAAGAACGAGGAAGCGGGAUCAAGAAACGAGGAGAAGGAGAAGGUCAAAAUCGAGGAAGAAGAAGCUGAGGAGGUCUCGAUACCUGGUUUGGUCGGUGAGAGCGUUGCUAUCAAAACAGAAGCAGGAGGUGGAGGGGCACGUGGUAGUGGUAGUGGUAGUGGCGUGGCAGUUGCUUCUAGUGGAUAUGAAGCUCAAGAGCUUAAGGUUAACGAGGUUAGCCAGCAGAUUCCUAGUGGAGUUGUAGGAGGUGGGAUUAAAGUUGAGCUACGGCAAGCUCCCAAUAGGGCAGAUGAUGGUGAGGCUCCUAGAGUAAAUAACGUUUCUCAGGGUCUCUUGCCACCGCCACCACCUCCUCCCACCUUGGGAAAUAACGAGAAUUUGAUGAGACCUGUUAAUGGCAUUAUGGGGAACGGAGCUGCUAUCCAUAUGCCUGGUGGUGGUGGUGGUGGAACUUUUCUUUUCGUUGGGGAUUUGCAUUGGUGGACAACUGAUGCUGAAAUCGAGGCAGAGCUCUGCAAGUACGGUGCAGUGAAGGAGGUUAGGUUCUUCGACGAGAAAGCUACUGGUAAGUCCAAAGGGUAUUGUCAAGUGGAGUUCUAUGAUCCCAUGGCAGCUACAGCUUGCAAAGAGGGGAUGAAUGGGUAUGAAUUCAACGGUAGGCCUUGUGUUGUUGCCUUUGGCAAUCCUCAUUCCAUUAAGAGGAUGGGGGAGGCACAGGUGAAUAGGAACCAACAGGCGCAAGCUGCACUUGCACAAGCUAAGAGAGGAGGAGGCCCUGCUGAUCCUCCUCCGAGUAAUAAACCCGUCGUGGCCUCCACCAACAAUAACUUCAACAGCCACGCCGUUGGCGGGAAUUUCCAAGGUGAGGAGAAUAGAGGAUUUGGGAGAGGUAAUUGGGGUAGAGGAAACGGUCAAGGAAUGGGUGGUGGGAGAGGACCAGGUGGUCAGAUGAGGAAUAGGCCUGGUGGGAUGGGUGGAAGAGGUUUCAUGGGUAAUGGUGGAGGUGGGUUUGGUCCUAUGAAUAUGAUGCAUCCUCAAUCAAUGGGGUUUGAACAAGCUUUUGGUGGAGGACCCAUGGCGAGAAUGGGAGGCUAUGGAGGCUUCCCUGGGGCUCCAGGUCCACCGUUUCCUGGGAUUUUGCCCUCGUUCCCUCCUGUAGGAGGAGUUGGCUUACCUGGAGUGGCACCUCACGUGAAUCCAGCGUUUUUUGGAAGAGGGAUGCCGAUGGGAAUGAUGCCUAACGCUGGUGUUGAUAUGGGAAUGUGGGAUCCUAAUAGUGGAGGAUGGGGUGGUGGUGGUGAGGAUUUGGGUGGUGGAAGAGCUGCGGAAUCGAGUUAUGGGGAGGAAGCUGCAUCGGAGCACCAGUACGGGGAGGUUAAUCACGAUAGAGGGGGUCGUCAGAAUCAUGUGAAGGAAAAAGAGAGAGCUUCGGAAAGGGAAUGGUCUGGUUCAUCUGAUAGAAGGAAUCGUGAGGAUAAAGAUGCUGGUUAUGAAAGGGACAUGCCUAGGGAGAAAGAUGGUGGUCAUGGCUAUGAUUUGCCAGAGAGAAGGCAUCGUGAUGAUAGAGAAACUGGUCGUGAGCGUGAGAGGGAACAUCAUCAUAAGGAGCGUGAGCGUUCCAGGGAUCGUGACAGAGAAAGGGACAGGGAGAGGGAUCGUCAUAGAGAAGAACGAGAAAGAUAUGGUGGUGAUCAUCGUAGUAAACACAGGGACGAACCUGAGCAUGAGGAUGAGUGGAACAGAGGUCGAUCGUCUAGAGGACACAGCAAAUCACGGUUGUCUCGGGAGGAGAACCAUCGCUCAAGAUCAAGGGAUGCUGAUUAUGGGAAAAGGCGGCGGCUUACAGCUGAAUAAUUAUCAUUGUUAUGGGUAGACUUGACUUUGAGAGCUCCUACAAAAUUCUGAAGCCCUUGUGGAAGAAGAAGAAGAAGAAAGAAGACCUCAGAGAAAGUCAGACUCUUGUCGCAGAAGAAAGUCUCUCACUGGUGAAAUCUCUACUUCAACUCAGCUUACUUAAGUAGAUGUGGAAAGAAACUUGGCAAACGUUUGCCUUGUUUAAGUUUUUAAGACACCUUUUACCAUUUUUAUGUGAAAACUAUAAAGACCAGUGUGUUGUGGCGAUGUUACUUUCGGGUUAUCCAUCCAUUUGUGUUUAGAUGUUCUUAUUUUACCUGUUUCUGGAUUUGUUGUUCGGUAGACUGUAGUUGUAUUAGAUGAAGCCAAAUAGUUGGCUUGACCAGUGUUACCGAUUUUGUUUCUCCAUGUUCUGUAUGUAUUCACUGUAUUUGUAA